UUCGCCCACCGCUCCCUCUCACAACAAACCGUUCUGCGCUGCCGAUUGUUCACGCAGGGCGAGAAGCGUCCUCCUGCGCCGCUCUCGUGGGUGACCAAGUCAACAACGCGCAUCCUCCGGGUUCCUCGACCUACAACGCCUGCCAAGCGCUGGGCGGCAAGGCGCUUCCCUCGGCCGGACAAUACGCGCGCUGGGUGAUGCUGCAAACGCCGUGCAAACAGAACGCCUGCGUAUAAGCAUUGCAUUGCAUGCGCGCACGUAUUUUUCGACGUUCGUAGAUUUAUCAUAUAAGUGAUUAAUUAUAAAUAUACACACACACACGCGCGACGCACACACAUAUAUACACGCACACACAUAUAUGUUACAAUAUUGCAUUGCACACACACACACAUACAUGUGUACUGUACAUUCACGAGAAAAGGUAAAAGCGCUGCCCCUGAUUGCUUGCUCACGCCACCGCUGGCGAAAGGGGCCUCCACUCUCGAGGGAGCUCCGCAGAGCAUCGUCUCGACAGGGCACUUGGCCUACUCUUCCACGCUGCCCAUAUUAAUUCCACAUCAAUUCCACCCACGCCACGCGCGUACACGCGUCUGACACGCAUAUGGCCCACUCGCACCACACUUAGUCCCGCCUACAGCACAAGCGGCAACAGUCGCACCUACGAUUAGCACGCUUGCAGAAGGAGUUCAACAGACGAGCUCACGCAACGUUCAGCAAUCGCCGACGACAAAAAAAACCAUCGACAAUCUUCAGCCGCCGAGCAUUGGAGGACGCCUCCGCCGUCGCCCGUGCCAGGCUAGGUGCACCCCGAGGCCGCACGGACAACUCAGGGCAGCGGGAGUGGAAGAGGUGUGGGGGGGUAGCGGGGGGGGUGUUCAUCACUGCAGAAUGCAGAUAUGGCCCCACAAGCUGCAAAGAGCACUUUCGUUGGCGCGGCGCCACCGGGACCGCACAGCUUCAAGAAGUUCACUCCGGAGGUGCUGGAGGAAAUCGAGAGGAGGAUCGCCGAGGAGAAGCAGCGAGCCGAGAAAGUCGGCAGCGACGGCGGCACCGAAGAGGAGGACGACGACAAAAAGCCGAAGCCCAAGAGUGACCUGGAGGCCGGCAAGGGACUGCCCAUGAUCUUCGGCGACAUCCCUCCGGACAUGGUCGGCAUCCCCCUCGUGGACCUGGACCCGUUCUACAGCUCGCAGAAGACGUUCAUCGUCGUCAACAAAGGCAAGGCGAUCUUCCGAUUCAGCGCCACCCCGGCGCUCUACAUGAUCAGCCCCUUCAACUUAAUGAGGCGAGGUGCCAUCAGGGUCCUGACCCACACGAUAUUCAGCCUGUUCAUCAUGGUCACCAUCAUCACCAACUGCGUCUUCAUGACGAUGAGCGAUCCGCCUGAUUGGUCCAAGAACGUCGAGUACACCUUCACGGGGAUCUACACGUUCGAGUCGCUCAUCAAGAUCGUCGCGAGAGGAUUCGUCAUCGACAACUUCACCUUCCUCCGGGACCCCUGGAAUUGGCUGGACUUCAGCGUCAUCACUAUGGCGUACGUGACGGAGUUCGUGGACCUGGGGAACGUCUCGGCUCUGAGAACCUUUCGGGUUCUGCGAGCUCUCAAGACCAUCUCCGUUAUCCCGGGCCUCAAGACCAUAGUGGGGGCGCUCAUCCAGUCGGUGAAGAAGCUGUCGGACGUGGUGAUCCUCACCGUCUUCUGCCUCAGCGUGUUCGCCCUCAUCGGCCUGCAGCUCUUCAUGGGCAACCUGCGGCACAAGUGCAUCCUCUGGCCGCGGCCAAACGCCUCGUUCGCGUACAACACGACGGAGGAGCCCUUCGACUGGCAGAGCUACAUCGACGAUACGAAAAACCAUUACGUCUGGGAAAUCAAGGGGAACGACGCGCUUCUCUGCGGCAAUGGCUCGGACGCCGGCCAAUGCCCCGAGGGCUUCACGUGCAUCAAGGCCGGGCGCAACCCCAAUUACGGCUACACGAGCUUCGACUCCUUCAGCUGGGCGUUCCUGGCACUCUUCCGCCUCAUGACGCAGGACUUCUGGGAGAACCUCUUCAUGCAGACGCUGAGGGCCGCCGGAAAGACCUACAUGAUCUUCUUCGUGGUGGUCAUCUUCAUUGGAUCCUUCUACCUCAUCAACCUCAUCCUGGCCGUGGUGGCCAUGGCGUACGACGAGCAGAACCAGGCCACGCUGGCCGAGGCCGAGGAGAAGGAGCGGGAGUUCCAGCAGAUGCUGGAGAACCUCCACAAGCACCAGGAUGACAUGGAGCAGCAGUACGCCGAGGACCAAGCUGGCCUGAGCUCCUCCUCGUCCUCGGAGACGUCGAAGCCGAGCAGUGGCACGGAGCGCGUAAGCCACAGGAAGAAGCGAAAGUCAUGCAACAGCGGAGAGGGCAUCGCCAAGACCGAGUCGGAGGAGAGCCUCGCCGAGACCGCCAAGAGCAACGGCAUAAAGAAGAAGGGCCGCUCACGAGAGUCGCUCAUCGGCAUGUACUACAAGCCCAAGCGGGCGCGCGACGCGAGCUCCGACACGGAGCUCGCCGACGACGAGAGGAGCGUGCCCGGGAGCCGCCGCGGCUCGGCCGUCCAGCGCCGCAGCAACGGCCGCGGGGAGCGGGCCGUGGCGGCGGCCGCGACGGCCGCCGGCGGUGGCGGCGCCAACCAGCACCUGCUGCUGCUGCCCGAGAUUGUGGUGGACAGAGCGCCGACCGACGAAGCGGACACGAGCAGCGAGGCCGGCACGCGGCGCAGCGGCAGGAGGCACAGCAGCCGCUCGCUCAACCUCCUGGAGGAGCCGCGGCUGAGCAAGCGCACGCGCAGCGCCGUCACCGUGCUCACCACCGCCAUGGAGGAGUUGGAGGAGUCGCAGAAGAAGUGCCCCCCUGUCUGGUACAAGUUCGCCAACACCUUCCUCAUCUGGGACUGCUGCCCGCUGUGGGUCAAGUUCAAGAACCUGAUGAAGUUGUUCGUCAUGGACCCGUUCGUCGACCUGGCCAUCACCAUCUGCAUCAUCCUAAACACGCUCUUCAUGGCCAUGGAGCACUACCCCAUGUCACCCGAAUUCGAAGAGGUCCUGAUGGUCGGCAAUCUGGUGUUCACUGGGAUAUUCACGGCAGAGAUGGUGCUCAAGCUCAUCGCGCUCGACCCCUACGACUACUUCCAGGUGGGCUGGAACAUCUUCGACAGCAUCAUCGUGAGCCUGAGCCUCAUGGAGCUGGGCCUCAAAGACGUGGAGGGCCUCUCGGUGCUGCGCUCCUUCAGGCUGAUGCGAGUGUUCAAGCUGGCCAAGUCGUGGCCGACGCUCAACAUGCUCAUCAAGAUCAUCGGCAACUCGGUGGGCGCGCUGGGCAACCUGACACUGGUGCUCGCCAUCAUCGUCUUCAUCUUCGCCGUCGUCGGCAUGCAGCUCUUCGGCAAGAACUACAAGGAGUGCGUGUGCAAGAUCAACGACGAGUGUGUGCUGCCGCGCUGGCACAUGAACGACUUCUUCCACUCGUUCCUCAUCGUGUUCCGCGUGCUCUGCGGCGAGUGGAUCGAGACCAUGUGGGACUGCAUGGAGGUGGCGGGCCAGACCAUGUGCCUCAUCGUCUUCAUGAUGGUCAUGGUCAUCGGCAACCUUGUGCUCCUCAACCUCUUCCUGGCGCUGCUGCUCAGCUCGUUCAGCGGCCUAUCGGCGAGCGACGAAGACAACGAAGCCAACAGCCUGCAGAUCGCCAUCGCGCGGAUCGAGCGCGGCGUCGCGUUCAUCAAGGGCUACGUGCGGGGAAUUUUCGCCAAGUGCAUCAAGCGCGGCGGCCCCGGCGCCGACGGCAGCGACAGCAAUGGCAAUGACGCCGCCGCUCUCGAAGAGGGGAAACCGUUGGACAAAUCCGACAACUGCGUCCGGAACCACACGGCGCUCGAGAUGGAGACCCUGCAGAGUAACGGGCAGGGAGCCGGCGACGAUACGAAGGGGUCGCCUGCCACGGACGGGGAGCGAGCGGGGCUCCUGGCAAAUGCCGUCCUUCCGGUGCGAGUGCCGAUAGCCAAGCUGGAGGCCGAGUUGGAGCGCCGGGCUUCGAGCAGCUCGUCCUCGUCGACCUCCUCGUCGUCGUUGUCGCUGGUGGAUGGCGUGAAGAAGAAGAGAUACGGUAACGAGGGCAGCUCGUCGGAGGCGAGCACUGUGGACCUGGCUCCCAACGACGUGGUCGAGGAGGCGCUGGAGACCGACGAGCAGGAGGAGGGGCCCCUUGGCUGCUUCACCGAUGAGUUUGUGCGUCGUCACCCGAUCUGCGACGUGGACGUGGAGAGCGGACGCGGCCUCGUCUGGUGGACGCUGCGCCGCGCCUGCUUCCGCAUCGUCGAGCACAACUGGUUCGAGACGUUCAUCGUCUUCAUGAUCCUGAUGAGCAGCGGCGCGCUGGCGUUCGAAGACAUCUACAUCGACCAGCGCAAGAUGAUCAAGACGGUGCUGGAAUACGCCGACAAGGUGUUCUCCUACAUCUUCGUGAUGGAGAUGCUGCUCAAGUGGGUGGCCUACGGCUUCCACACGUACUUCACCAACGCGUGGUGCUGGCUCGACUUCCUCAUCGUGGACGUGUCCCUGGUGAGCCUCGCGGCAACCGCCAUGGGCUACUCGGAGCUCGGAGCCAUCAAGUCCCUGCGUACGCUCAGGGCCCUGCGACCUCUCCGUGCUCUGUCUCGCUUUGAAGGCAUGCGGGUGGUAGUGAACGCGCUGGUGGGCGCCAUCCCGUCCAUCAUGAACGUGCUGCUCGUGUGCCUCAUCUUCUGGCUCAUCUUCAGCAUCAUGGGCGUCAACCUGUUUGCGGGGAAGUACUUCUACUGCGUGAACACGACGAGUGGCAGCCGCUUCUUGCCCGAGGUGGUCAACAACUUCUCCGAUUGCCUCGCGCUCAAACUAAGCACUCAAGAGGCACGCUGGCUCAACGUCAAGGUCAACUACGACAACGUUGGCUUCGGCUACCUGGCCCUCCUCCAAGUCGCGACGUUCAAGGGCUGGAUGGACAUCAUGUACGCGGCGGUCGACUCACGCGGAGUUACCGAGCAGCCCAUAUACGAGACGAACAUAUACAUGUACCUGUACUUCGUCAUCUUCAUCAUCUUCGGCUCCUUCUUCACGCUCAACCUCUUCAUCGGCGUCAUCAUCGACAAUUUCAACCAGCAGAAGAAAAAGUUUGGUGGUGAGGAUAUCUUCAUGACGGAGGAGCAGAAGAAGUUCCACAGCGCCAUGAAGAAGCUCGGCUCCAAGAAGCCGGUGAAGCCGAUACCGCGGCCGUCGAACGUCGUCCAGGGCUGGGUGUACGACCUGGUGGCCAAGCAGGCCUUCGACAUCAUAAUCAUGGUCCUCAUCUGCCUCAACAUGGUGACAAUGAUGGUGGAGGUCGACGAUCAGAGCCAGUUGAUGAGCGACGUUCUCUACUACGUCAACCUCAUCUUUAUCGUGGUCUUCACCGGGGAGUGCCUCCUCAAGCUCUUCUCGCUCCGUCACUACUACUUCACCGUCGGGUGGAACAUUUUCGACUUCGUGGUGGUCAUCCUGUCCAUCGUGGGCAUCUUGCUGGCUGACAUCAUCGAGAAGUACUUCGUGUCCCCAACGUUGUUCCGCGUGAUCCGCCUCGCCCGAAUCGGGCGAGUGCUCCGCUUGAUCCGCGGCGCCAAGGGCAUCCGCACGCUGCUCUUCGCGCUCAUGAUGUCGCUGCCGGCGCUCUUCAACAUCGGCCUGCUGCUCUUCCUCGUCAUGUUCAUCUUCUCCAUCUUCGCCAUGUCCAACUUCGCCUACGUGCGGCGGGAGAGCGGCAUCGACGACAUGUUCAACUUCGAGACGUUCGGCAACAGCAUGAUCUGCCUCUUCAUGAUCACCACGUCGGCCGGCUGGGACGGCCUCCUGAACCCCAUCCUCAACAGCCCGCCCGACUGCGACCUUGAGCAGGAGCACCCGGGCACGUCGGUGAAGGGCGACUGCGGCAACUCGCCGGUGGGCAUCGCCUUCUUCACCAGCUACAUCAUCAUCUCCUUCCUGGUGGUCGUCAACAUGUACAUCGCCAUCAUCCUCGAGAACUUUAACGUGGCCACGGAGGAGAGCACCGAGCCGCUGAGCGAGGACGACUUCGAGACGUUCUACGAGGUGUGGGAGCGCUUCGACCCGGACGUGACGCAGUUCAUGGAGUGGGAGCGCCUGUCGGACUUCGCCGACGCCCUGGACGACCCGCUGCGCGUCGCCAAGCCCAACAAGAUCCGCCUCUACAACAUGGACCUGCCCAUGGUGAUAGGCGACCGCAUCCACUGCCUGGACAUCCUCUUCGCCUUCACCAAGCGCGUGCUGGGCGAGGGCGCCGGGAUGGACGCGCUCAAGCAGCAGAUGGAGGACCGCUUCAUGGCGGCGAACCCCUCCAAGAUCUCCUACGAGCCCAUCACCACGACGCUGCGGCGCCGGCAGGAGGAGCUGGCGGCCCGCGUCAUCCAGCGCGCGUACCGGCGCCACCGCCUGCGCGCGUCGCUCAAGAAAAUUCACGACGGCGACGCCAAGCCCGGAGCGGGCGACGGGGCGGACGCCGGGCCGAAAGACGCCGCCACGGCGGAGGUGCCCGAGCCGGCGGCGGCGGCGGCUCAACCAGAAGCGGAGGUCGUCGCUCCCGAAGCGGCGUCGCCGGACGCGUCGGCGACGGUGGGAUCUGCGCCGUUGCCCGGCGAACCUCCUGCGACGCCGGACGACGCCGUCGACAAGGGGGCGGAGCGUAAAGAAGAAGGCGACAAAGGCGGCGUCACCGCUGCGCAGCUCAAGCCAGGAGACAAGGACUUCGAGGGCAAGAACAUACGGGAGUCCGUCGUCUAGCGGCGCACGCGCACCGCCUCUUCGCGUCCGACCCAAGCGGCGUCGUCGCCGAGAGGUUCGGCCCUUUCUGACGGGACGGGGCGCUCCGCGGUGCCGAGCUGGCGCUGUCUCUCCGGCUGCCGCGCGUGUGCGGGGCGGCCCGCGUCGUGGGGACGCCCGCGGCCGCGCCGGGAUGACCGCCCGCGACGCCCAUACCACCGACGCCUGUCGGCAAAACAUGCAUCUCGCUCGGAUGCCAAAAUUAUGCAAACUGCUUGCUGCGAAUCGCACUUGCGCAAAGUGAAAAACAACAACUGUGAUCAAGUAAUGACUUGCCAACAAAGCAUCGCUCUGACGAACGUUGCGUGGACACUAUCGUUUUUAUUUUUGUGCACUUUUGCCAGGAGAUGCACCCACGUCGAGUCGUACGCUCCCGGCGCAGCUUUCGCGCGAGCUCGCAGACAGAAGGCGCACGUUUGAAGAAAAAACAAAAAAAAGAUCGUUGUUAACAAAUUCAACGGGCCGCCGUUAUUGUUUCGUUUCUUCGGAAAAGAAAGCCGGAAUCUACUCCGAAAUUAUUUAUUGCGACGGAAAGCUCCGGGUUAAAGCGAGGUCAGGUGGGGAAAUACGCGGGGAGAGAAGGCGGCGGUGGGGUGGACGGGGGGGGGGGGGGGUCACGGCGCUCAACGCGACGCAAUCGUCGCUCUCCGACCCGUCCGCGGAAGCCGCGGCGCGACUCGCGAGCGUUCGGCUGACGUCGGCCGCCACCUCGGCCAAGUCAUCCACCAGCUGCAAAAUCGCCACGGUGCCCGCCCGCCCGCCCGCCCGCCCGCCCGACCGCCCCUACCCACCCGCCUCUACCAGCCCGCAAUUGCAGCUGCAACCAAAAAAACAACAACAAUGUGCACGUGGUACAUCAAUCUGGCUAGAAGGAGCCGCCACCACGAAGCAAGAGCCGGAACGGCGUGACGUCGACGGGACAAUCGAGCGGGUUUGCACGACGCAUGCCAUUUACACCGCCCCGGGAUUUAGAGGGGUUUUUUUUGGGGGGGGGAGGGGGGGGAAGGAUAAAUAAAUAAACGUUGCGGCGACGGAGCCAGCGAGCGGAUGAAGCAUGCGUUUGAGCGAAGUGGCUUCCGCAGUGAGGUGAUGCAGCAAGGUUCUGCUUUUUUAAAUCGUUAUUUUUAAUUCUUUCAACGCCCUGGGACAUCGCCAUCGUCAUGAUGAUAAUGAUGAUGAUACGUAUCGACGCUUGCAUGUUCUGAUGUGUAUAAGGUAUGCAGAAACUAUUACCGUUAUGAAUGUUAUUCUUAUUACGAUUACUUUAAUUAUUUCUUUUGUAUUUUUGCACACGGACCCUGCCGAUGUCUGUGACAGCCUCAAGGGGAUCCCGACCGUCCCCACCCCCCCCCCCCCCUCCCACAUUGUCUCAACGGACACUUUAAGUUUAAGGAUUUAGGGGAUUUAAUUUUUAUUUUCCCCUGCCUCCCAGCGGUUUAUGUUUCUAUAAUGUGAUAUACUACGCUGUUAUGAAAGAAAUUGCUGCUGCUCCAAGUGAAUAUUCAAUAAUAUUAAUGAUAAUAAAAAAAACAUUGGAGACAAAAAAACACAAACAGCUCUCUCGCUCUGAAUGGGGGAGAAAAGAAAUUAAGCACAACUCGUCCUGCGUGAGAAAGACGGCGAACGCCGCGCGGGCGGGCGGGCGCGCUUCCCGUCACACGAUUGCCAACGCGAGUUUUUUUUUUUGCGUUUGGGGAAGUUAACCUCAUGGUGUUUUAAUUUUUUGCUUGCGACGUGAAAUUUCUGCCGCCUGCCGCUUCGCGGCCAGAGACGUGGGAGACGUGCGACGACGCCGAGGAGUGCGCACAAAGGAAGCGUUUGAUAGGUCGUUGGCGAGCCGAUUGGCAAUUUUGCGUUGAGAGACGGACAGGGGCACACGUGCGUUAUCGGAGGAGGAGGAGGAGGACACAACCGGGACGAUGACACGAUUGGAGGCGUUGAGAAAAGUUUAAUUUGCCUUUGGGCGCUGGACGCGUCGCGGCUGGAAGGGAUCAUCUUCUUGUCGUGCGGCUGAUGUAGACGCAGAGCAGCAAUUUCACGUUACUAUUUUUUUUGUUAAACCAGGUAAGGCCCCAAUGAGCUGUACAGCUAUCGCAAAUGAUAUCUCAACUAAGUGGCUUAUCACGUGGACGUGAAUUGCAGCCAAAACACUCUUAGACGCGUGUUUCUAAAUGUGGAGGGGAAAACCGGAGGCCCCGGAGAGAAAAUCCACGUGACCUCGGGGAGAG